GUUCGGUGGUUCGGUCUCCUUACUUCUCCUCUGUGCUCAUAUCAGCCCCGCAAGCACUCACAGUCACACUGCUCACGACGACUCACAAGCAAGCAAGGAGAGCAAGCACUCUAAACCCAUAAUAAGGAAAGAAGGAGUGUCGAGAGAGUCACGUGGGGAAGUCUGAUAGCCGGCGAAGAGACUCUCUCCCCGCUGCUGCGACACGCUCGUGUAAUAACGCACCGGUGGGGACCAUGUUGAAGUUUGGACGAGACACUGCAACGACAAGGAAGCCAGGCUACGGUAUGCACAGAGCAUGAAAACACUGGCGACAGAUGUGUGGAAGAACGACGACAGAAUAGUGUGGUGCUAUGAAACCUUGAAAGAUUAUUUCUUCGAGGGUGGCCUGCAGAGGUCCAUCAGAAGGCUGUGGAGAAGAGACGGAAGGCAGGGGCACCCCGAUGAGAACAUUAAUGAUGCUUUCCGGAAACUAAAUCUGGAUUGUGAAAAACCACUGGUGUUGGAUGUGGGCAGCUGUUACAACCCUUUCAAGGUGUACACGGACAUUGAUACAGUGGCCAUUGACCUCACGCCUGCAUCUGACGAUGUCCUGCAGUGCGACUUCCUUCAAGUAGAGGUCACCGAUCCAUCCUCCUCCAUAUUUCUUCGUCGAGAGUGCCUGAAAAGUCCGCUAGUGCAUCUCCCAUCGGAGAGCUUCCAUGUUGUCCUGUUUGUACUGGUGUUAGAAUACCUGCCUUGCACUAUCCAACGUUGGACUUUCUGCACCAAAGCAGUGAGGCUCCUGAAACCAAAUGGACUCCUGCUCAUAGUCACUCCAGACUCGAAGCACCAGCAAAAGAAUUCUGCCAUGAUCCGAAGUUGGAGAGGGGUCCUGGAAAGUGUCGGACUUUGCAGGAUCCGCUACGAGAAACGACAACACCUGCACUGCAUGGCUUUCCAGAAAAACAAUGCGCUGUCUGUGUCUAAGGAUGACGCUGAGACGUCCAUGUACAUUCCGCAAGAUUCCAUAGACUAUGUGCGACAGAAGAGAGAGGCGGUGAUUGUUGAGAGAUCGGACGUUGAAGACAAGGCGCUGGUAGAGACUUUUUCCCAACUUCCGCAAGGUUUUGUCGAUGCGUGUUAAGUUGCAUGGAUGCCCUAAUCCCGCCAUUUUUUUUCAAUCACGUGUGGGAAAGUCACAUACAGCUAACAUAAUUUUGACUGUGUAUGUUAUGCAUUUUUGCCACUGGACCGCUGCAAGUGCAUGAACAACCAUAAAUAGCAUAUUUUUUUACCAUUUGCAGAUGAAGUUUAGGCAUGGUAUCAUUUUCACUUCUUUCGGGUGGUUGCAAACCUACUUCCUGCAUGCAAGCGUUUUAGUUGCUGACCACCGCCAAAAAACAUUUUUAUGGACGUUGACGUUUGCAAUUAUGUGCGGACAGAAUACAAUGCAUUUGUCGGGCGCACCAUAGUCUCUGGAGGGAUAUAAUAGUUCAGACACACCUCAGAACUACAAGGUGCUCGCAUAUCCUCUAAAAAGGUUGUCAUAAAAAAACUGUGGGUGGCUCAUUUUUCUGUGCAUAGCCAAUGGCUUAUUUUGAAAAAAUUAAUUUGCAUGUUUCCAAUGUACGUAUGACUGAGACAGCUCUUGUAGCAAGAUACGAAUAUUCGUACAUAUCAAGUAGAAGCUGGGUCCUCGUUGUAGUCAGACACUGUAGCUGCAAUCCACAGCCAUAAUAGUUUGUCGUCCUCAAGGCACAAGGUAGAUCUACGACUAAUUACAUGACAUUUCUACCGUACGGCAGCUUCAUUUUUCAUUGUGCAACUGUAAUUAUUAAAAUCAUCUUGUAGGUUUUUGAGCAGGCAGCAGGACUUAGAACACUAUCCAGAAAGGAGGUGAUGCUCUGAUAAUGAUACCGCUUCUCUGCACUCUUCUGUUGAUUGGUUUGACUGAUAAUGAUACUGCUUCUCAAGCUGGCAAUCAGAGUGACAGCACAUGUAAAAACAUGUGUAAGAAUAACCCUUUUCCUUCAAAUCAAUUUCACAACUUGCUGUCACGUGGAUACGACAAACGGUGACCCAACUGCAGAUUUGUUGACCUACGUCCAGGUGAGUAUGGAACAUGCGUUGUAAUGCUACAAGAGAGAGUCAUACGAAAACUUUAAAAAUGCAAUAAUAAUUCAAAGCACCUCUGGGUUGUGUUGUAAGUUGGCAGUAGUUAUCCUCAAGACAUGAAGAAUGGAGUGUAAAUACGGUGGUCAUGCUUGCCACAAUCUUUCACGUUGUGUUUCGACAUGUUAUUACCUCCUGGUGGCCACUGUUCAAAGCCUAUUGAUCACUGUUAACAACUUACAGUA